AUGGGUAUAGUUUUUAAUAUAUAUGUUUUUGUUAUUUAUCUAAUUUAUAUAAGACCAAAUGUGAGUCAAUUUCUUAGUGAAUAUGAAGAAUACUCUGAAAUAUGUGAAAAGCGAGCUAAUGAAAAUGAAUCUUGUGCAUACUGCAUGAAGGAUUAUAAAAGGAGAAAUUCAAAAUAUGUAUAUAAACAUAUAAUGAGAAUGUUUUUUGAAAAACAUAACUUAAAUAAUAAUAAAAUAGCCUUAAUAGAGCAUGAAUGUGGUGAACCUCAGAAUUAUAUGACUUAUGAAAUUUUUUUUAAAAAAGUAUUAUCUUUUAGUAAUUGCUUGAAUAAAUAUGAGGAAUUUAAUAUUCCAGAAAAAACAUAUAAUGAAGAAAUGAAUAAUGGAAAAUUUAAGUUAUUAGGUUUAUAUGGUAGUAAUUCUAUAAAUUGGCUGGUUACUGAUUUGGGAUCUAUGCUUAGUGGUGUUACUACAUUAGUGAUGCAUUCGAAAUUUAGUAUAGAUGUAAUUGUGGAUAUAUUAAAUAAAACAAAGUUAGAAUGGCUAUGUUUGGAUUUAGACUUGGUUGAGGGUUUAAUGGCACGUAGAAAUGAAUUGCCACACCUGAAAAAUCUUAUAAUUUUAGAUACAGUAGCUAAACAAGGUAUGAUAAAUUCAAAUAAUGAAAAAGAAAAUAAAAAAUCUAAUUUAAAAACUAAUGGACAUUCAAAUAAUAUAAAUAAUAAUAAAGAAAGUGACUUAUCGAAAACGGUGGAAGGUGUAAAUUUAAGUCCUAUACAAUAUGAUAAAGAAAAAUUAGCAAAGAUUAAUGCUUUAAAAGAAAAAUUUCAUAAUUGUGGAAAGAAACUAAUAUUACUUGAUGAUAUGACAAAGACAGAAACUACAAAUUUCAAUAUUAUAAAUGAGGAUCCUGAGUUUGUUACGUCUAUUGUGUAUACAUCUGGAACAUCUGGGAUGCCAAAGGGUGUUAUGUUGAGCAAUAAAAAUUUAUAUAAUCAAUUAUACUCUAUAUAUAAUCAUAGUGUAAGAAAAAGGUAUAGUCUUCAAUAUCAUUUAUCUUAUAUGCCAAUAUCACAUGUAUUUGAAAGAACAUUUGCGUAUAAUACUAUAUUAUUUGGUGGGACAAUAAAUAUAUGGAGUAAGGAUAUAAAUUAUUUUUCCAAAGAUAUAUUUAAUUCAAAGGAUGUUAUAAUGGGAGGAGUACCUAAAGUGUUUAGUAGAAUUUAUACUAAUGUUAUGAACGAAAUCAAUAAUUUAUCAGCUUUUAAAAAAUAUAUAGUAAAAAAUAUGAUAUCCUUACGUAAACAUAAUAAAAAUGGAUGGUUAGUUAAAUUUCUUGAAAAUAUUUUUCAUGUAUCCAGUAAAAUAAGGGAGAAGAUUAAUCCAAAUUUAGAAGUUAUAUUAAAUGGUGCUGGAAAAUUAUCACCAUCUGUUGCCCAGGAAUUAUGUACAUUAUUAAAUAUCAAUUUUUGUCAAGGUUAUGGUUUAACAGAAUCUACGGGUGCUAUCUUUGGUAACCACGUGCAAGAUUCAAAUUUUGAAUGUAUAGGAGGACCUAUUGCUCCAAAUACCAAAUAUAAAGUAAGAUCGUGGGAAAUAUACAAAGCUUCGGAUAAUUUACCCAAAGGAGAAUUAUUAGUUAAGAGUGAUUCUAUAUUUAAAGGAUAUUUUUUAGAAAAGGAACAUACUAAAAAGUCUUUUACGGAAGAUGGCUAUUUUAUAACAGGAGAUGUGGUUCAAAUUAAUAAAAAUGGAUCUUUAUUAUUUUUAGAUAGAUCAAAAGGAUUAGUUAAAUUAUCUCAAGGGGAAUAUUUAGAAACGGAUAUGCUGAAUAAUUUAUAUUCACAAAUUUCUUUUAUUAACAAUUGUGUUGUUUAUGCUGACGAUUCAAUGGAUGGCCCACUAGCAAUUAUAGCGAUAGAUAAAAGUUUAUUUUUUAAAUCAUUAAAAGAUGAUAAUAUGUUAGAAAAUGCUGGACUUAAUGAAAAUAAUUAUAUAGAUAAAUUAACUGAUGAUAAUAUAAAUAGUAAUAUUUUUGUUGAUUAUGUUAAAGAAAAAAUGUUAGAUGUUUAUAAGGAAACAAAUUUAAAUGGAUACAAUCGUGUUAAUAACAUAUAUAUAACUUCAAAAAUAUGGGACACAAAUAAUUAUCUUACUCCAACAUUUAAAGUAAAAAGGUUCAAUAUAUUUAAAGAUUAUGCAUUUUUCAUUGAUGAAGUUAAAAAUAUAUAUAAAAAUAAAUUAAAAGGAAGUACUGUUGGUAGUAGCAUUAAUGGAAAAAAGGAAGAAGAAAAAAAAAAUGCAAAUAAACAAGAAGAUAAAGUUUCAAAUAAAUUAAUAAAUGUUUCAAUUUCAAAAGAUCAAAAUGAUCUGGGAAAAUAUGAAAAAGAUGUUGCAAAUAAAAAGGUUAAAUUAAGAGUUACCAAUGAAAUACCACAACAAGAAAGGAAUAAUUAA